AUGCAGCCUACAUCGUCUUUCGGCAGCUUUCUCGUCGGUAUUCUGGCGGCUUCGCUUGCGGCGGGCAGCGCCAUUCCCACCGCACAGCAACCUCGGGGCUCUUUUGAGAUCAAGCGCUCUGUCAAUCAGAAUUUUGCCGGCCGCAACGGACCGUUGGCGUUGGCGCGGGCCUACAACAAGUAUGGCGUGCACGUUUCAGAUGCCUUGUUGAAGGCAAUUGAGACCACCCACGCUGCGCAUAGUCAAAACGCGAGGCGCAACAGCGGCAAUGCCACUGCCACCCCGGAUCAGGACGACCUGGAGUACCUUGUGCCCGUGCAAGUCGGCACCCCGGCGCAGACGCUCAAACUAGACUUCGACACUGGCAGCUCGGACUUGUGGGUCUUUUCUACCGAAACCGACGCCGGGUCGUCCAAGAACCACAACCUGUACAGCCCGGACAAGAGCAGCACAUCCAAGAAGCUUGACGGCGCCACCUGGCAGAUUACCUACGCAGACCAGUCCUCAUGCUCCGGCGAUGUCUACACAGACACCGUCACGGUCGGGGGCCUGACUGUCAAGACCCAGGCGGUCGAAUCCGCGCAGAAGGUGUCUCAGCAAUUUGCGACUGGAGCCAAUGACGGCCUUCUCGGUCUUGCAUUUAGCUCAAUCAACACGGUGAAGCCGACUCGGCAAAAGACGUGGUUCGACAACAUUGCGUCCGGGCUCGACAGCCCGCUCUUUGUCGCCGACCUGCGACACAACACGCCCGGCAGUUACAUCUUUGGCGCCAUCCCGUCUGCCGCGAGCAACGUGCUCUACGCCCCCGUGGACAACAGCCAGGGAUUUUGGCAGUUCAGCACCAGCAGUGACAUUGGCGGCCAGUUCACUGCAAUCGCCGAUACGGGCACCACUCUUCUGUUGGCGGGCGACGACCUCGUGCAGGCGUACUACCAGAACGUCCCUGGUGCCACCAACGACCAGCAGCAGGGUGGAUACAUCUUUGACUGCAGCACCAAGCUGCCCGACUUUACCUUCACCGUCGGCGACGGCAAAAUCACGGUGCCUGGUACUUUGAUCAACUACGCCCAAGCGACUGGCGGCAAGUGCUUCGGUGGCAUUCAGUCUUCCGGCGGCAACCCUUUCGCAAUCUUUGGCGACAUUGCAUUGAAAGCCGCUGCUCAUCACGCAGGAUUCUUUUAUGCCAUGUGCAUUGGCAUCGCGGACAGCGGGGUGCCCUAG